CCCGAAGUCCCCAAUCGUUAAAUAGUCGCUCGAGCCCGCUUUAGCCCGUGAGUUAGCCGGACAACCCCCUGCUGCGCCCCUCCACCGGCGUCUCGCACUUUUUUCCCUCCAGCCCUCGCCAGAAAUCCCCCCCAAGUGUCGUCUUCGCUCCUUUCGCCCUCAUCUUCGCCAGCUCCAGCGUCUUCCUCACCGUCGAGCAUGUCGUACUAUCCAGGAGCGUACCCGGGCGGCCCCCAGCAGGGCUACGGCCAGCCACCGCCGCAGCAGCACGGCUACAACCAGGGAGGAUACGGGGCACCACCACCACAGCAGUACCAGCAACACGGCUACGGACAGCAGCCGUACCAGCAGCCGCCGUACGGGCAGCCCUCGCACUCGCCGCAGCCGCAACUUCAGGCUCCCCCGCCAGGCGGUUACGGCCAGGCACCGCCGUCCCCCCAGCCGCAGUACAGAUACCAAGACCACGGGCAGCAGCAGCAGCAUGGCUACGGCCAUGGACCGCCCCCCAACAGCGGACAGGUGCAAAACGGACGUCCUAACUACCAGAAUACGUAUAACCAGGGCCAUGGGGGCCCGCCGCCGCCGCCCAACAACCCCGUCUCCUUCGGCCACGGAGCCCCCCAGGGAUACAACUUCCAGUACUCCAACUGCACUGGCAAGCGCAAGGCUCUGCUGAUCGGAAUCAACUACUUCAACCAGCGCGGACAGCUGCGAGGAUGCAUCAACGACGUCAAGAACAUGUCCAACUACCUAAACCAGAGCUAUGGCUACGCCAGACAGGACAUGGUCAUCCUCACAGACGACCAACAGAACCCCAUGAGCCAGCCCACAAAAGCCAAUAUCUUGCGUGCGAUGCAUUGGCUUGUCAAGGACGCCAGAGCUAAUGACUCUCUCUUCUUCCACUAUUCAGGCCACGGUGGUCAGACGGCAGACUUGGACGGAGAUGAAGAGGACGGCAACGACGAGGUCAUUUACCCCGUAGACUUCAGAUCCGCCGGCCACAUCGUCGACGACGAGAUGCACCGUAUCAUGGUACAGCCUCUCGUUCCUGGCGUUCGUUUGACCGCCAUCUUCGACUCCUGCCACUCUGGCUCCGCCCUCGACCUCCCAUUCAUCUACUCGACGCAAGGAGUGCUCAAGGAGCCCAAUCUCGCCAAGGAAGCCGGCCAGGGCUUGCUGGGCGUCGUAUCUGCCUAUGCUCGCGGCGAUAUGGGCGGCAUGAUGAGUGGCGCCGUCGACCUCUUCAAGAAGGCCACCCGCGGCGACGAGAGCUUCAAGAAGGCCCGCCAGACCCGUACCAGUCCCGCAGACGUCAUCAUGUGGUCAGGCAGCAAGGACGUGCAGACCAGCGCAGACGCUACCAUCGACGGUCAAGCCACAGGCGCCAUGUCCUGGGCCUUUAUCACCGCCCUCAAAAAGAACCCCCAGCAGAGCUACGUCCAGCUGCUCAACAGCAUCCGCGAUGAGCUCGCUUCCAAGUACUCUCAGAAACCGCAGUUGAGCUGCAGUCACCCUCUUGAUACCAAUCUUCUGUAUGUCAUGUAAGACGCCCACUACCACCUCUUCUCAAACCGUGAAAACACGUUUGCCAUGACUCUUCCGACAACAAGAAAUUAUAUGAAAAUACCAGGAACCCCGAUAACCGCCUUGGACAUACCUACUCCAAUUAAUCCUUUGAAUGAAUAAAUCCCGUCCGUUCCGUUUCCGCCUUCUCCGUUAGCAUGGGUAGCUCAGCGUUAUAGGUUCACUCUACGGCUGUCUUUUACCUUGCCUCGUCUCUUCGCGUUCUUCUUCUGCUUCUCUUUUCUUUCUCAUGCUGCUUGGAAUUAUGGGUUAAUAACAUGAUGGGGGCACGAAAUCUGGGUCGUUCUGCGUAUUCUUUUUCCUUUCUAUUUCGUCGUCUUUUCCUGACCCCCCUUUUUAUUUGUCAAGUUGCUUCUUAUCAUGUUGUUUACUUGCGGGCUAAUCAUCUCACUGGGUUACUUGGGCAUUGGUAUCUAAAAUACUUCAUAGGUUAGCUGGGGAUACUAUUCACGACUUUUGACAUCUAUCCAUUCGUCUUGCCUGCCGUCUACAUUGUAUGUCUCUUGGCUAUAUUUUUCUUCUCUUCAAAUACUCAUAAUCCGGCAUCAGCUUCUGGACAUGCUCAUACAAGCCCUCUGCAACACUACCCCCAAACUCCUCUUUCCACUUCCCAUAUCGAACCUCCAUAUCCAAUCCCUUUGAA